GGUGGAUGUCGCCUUAGUAAUUGUGUAACUCCAAAAAAAAAAUAAAAAUACCAGCAUCGUUAUCAUCAAAUGCACCAUUUUCAUUAUAUCAAAAAGUAAAACACAUUAAUUGUGCUCUUUCUUCAAUGUUAAGAGCUAAAUUCGAUGAAGAAACACAAUGCCAAGUGCUAGUAUCUCAUUUAAUCGACACAGUUCAUGAACAAUGUGAGGAAUUAUAUUUAAAAUCUUUAAUUACACAAUUAUUUGAAAGUAAACGUAUGAAUGAUUGUUAUAAAAUUGUUGAAAACCUUCCUACAAAAAUAAAACUAAAAAAACUUAAUUCAUUUACAAAUGUUAACAUUUCAGAAAAAUUGUUAAAAAUUUAUAACGAUAAUGUGAUUGUCACACUUCAAAAAAUUAUUCAAAUAGCAUUUCUCACAAGAAAACAAAGCACAUGUCCAGACUGGUUCAUUUACAAACAAUACAGAUUAAGCAGCUCUAUGGCUCAUUCUGUAAAAACAAGAAAAAACAAUUUUGAAAAAUUGGCUUUUAGAUUUUUAAAUAAUACAUUCAAAGGAACAAUUGCAACUGAUUACGGAAUUAAAUUGGAGCAAAUUGCAAAAAAUUCGUUUUCGCUUAAAAAAAAUAUUAGAAUAAUUGAUGCAGGAGUUAUCAUUUGUAAUGAAGCUCCCUGGAUUUGUGCAAGCCCUGAUGGUAUAUGCAAAAAAGGAAAUAAAAUAAGCUUACUUGAAAUUAAAUGCCCUUACACGUGUAAAGAUAAAAAAAUUGUUGAUUUCAAGACAAAUGAGAUAUUUGUAAAAUAUUUAGAGUUUAAAAAUUCUAAACUUUAUUUAAAAGAAAAUAGCAGGUAUUAUACACAAAUUCAAUUAGCUUUAUACGUAACAAAUAUUCAGUUUUCUUAUUUAUCUAUAGUGAUGUACAAAAUGUAAUACUUAAAGUAGACAAAAAUGAGACAUUCAUUUAUUCACUAUUAGAGAAGAUGGAAAUGUUCUACUUUAAUUAUUAUUUACCUGCAAUUGUAAAUAGUAUUUAAGUAUUAAGUGUAAAUAGUAUUAAGUUUUAU